GCUACGUAGAUCACGUGGCCCUCCAGGAGCGGGCUGGGCGGUGGAGGAGGAGGAGGCAAGAUGGCGACGUGUAGUGGAACACCGGCGGGUAAAGCAGCGCCCGCGACGGAAUCCAGCGGGGAGGAGGCUUUCAAGGUGUUUCUCACUGAGGUGAAGCAAAUUGAAAAGCGGGACUCUGUUCUAACAUCAAAACAACAAAUUGAAAGACUUACGAGACCUGGAUCCACCUACAUCAACCUAAAUCCGUUUGAAGUUUUGCAGGUAGACCCUGAAGCAACAGACGAAGAGCUGAAAAAGAGGUUCAGACAGCUCUCAAUCUUAGUCCACCCAGACAAAAAUCAGGAUGAUGCUGAACGAGCACAGAAGGCUUUUGAAGCUGUUGACAAAGCGCAUAAGAUGUUAAUGGAGCCAGAACAGAAGAAACGUGCUAUUGAUGUGAUACAAGCAGCAAGGGAAACAAUAGAACACAAUAUGAAAGAGAAACGGAAGGCAUUGAAGAAAGACGGCAAGCAACCUAUUCUGGAAGAGGAUGAUCCUGAAAUAUUUAAGCAGUCAGUGCACAAGCAAACAAUGAAGCUGUUUGCUGAGCUGGAGAUUAAAAGGAAGGAGCGUGAAGCCAAAGACAUGCAUGAGAGGAAACGACAAAGAGAAGAAGAAAUUGAGCAGGAAGAGAAAGCCAAACGCGACAAAGAGUGGCAAAAGAAUUUUGAGGAAAGUCGAGAUGGCCGUGUCGAUAGCUGGAGGAACUUUCAAGCUAACAAAAAGAGCAAGAAAGAAAAGAAACAGAGGAGCUUUCUCAAACCCCCCAAAGUUAAAAUGGAGCAGAGAUAAGAGUACUGUCUUUUUACAUAAAAUAGGAAGGCACAAACAAACAAAUAUAGCAAUGUUUACUCCAGAACAUGUUCUUUGCUUAGGAAUGUUGUUUGCAAAAUAGUGGCAGAAAUGAUCAUUUUCCUAUUCAUUCUACUGACUCAUAAGUGUUGUAGCUAUAAGUACUUUUGACUUUCAUCCCUGAUAAUCUGCACAGCAGGGCUUCACUGCUCCUCGAUUCUAAAACAACAUGAUGUAAAUGUACAGUAUAAAAGAGGUUAAUAACGGCCUUGUAUCUUUUUUCAAAACCUUUAAUUUUUAAGCCCUGUAAUUUAACGUUUUGUACCCUUUUUGUACUGUGAUGAACAAUUUGUCUAUCUUUAGUCAUCGAAGGUCAUUAAAAGUGUUUGGAAAUAAUG